CCCUCCCCUUCGUCUUUCUCUUUAUUUUCACAUUUCUUAACCAAGCCACAAAAAACCCCUCUCCAACUCCAUUGGUAAAACAAAAAGAUCUUGAGCUUAAUGGGUCUUGAUGGGGAUGCAUGUAAUACUGGCCUUGUUCUGGGGUUAGGCUUCUCCUCCACCCUUGAAACUCCCACUAAGAAGCCAUCAUGUCUCAAGUUUGAACAACAACGGCCACCCACGACGGCGGCGCCACCGCCAUGUUUUGAACCGUCGUUGACCUUGGGGCUUUGUGGUGAUCAGUUUUACCAAGUGACCAAAAAGAUUGACGUCAAUAAAGGUGGUUAUCUUCUUCAUCACCAUGAUCAGGAGCCUACAGCCGAUGAUUUGUAUCGUCGUCAAGCUUCUCCCUAUAGCGCUGUUUCUUCGUUUUCUAGUGUCAGAGUCAAGAGAGAAAGAGAGCUUAGCAGCGAGGAAGUAGAGAUAGAGAAGAACUCAUCUAGAGUUAGUGAUGAAGAUGAAGACGGUGUUAAUGCAAGAAAGAAACUUAGGCUCACUAAAGAACAAUCUGCUCUUCUCGAGGAAAGCUUCAAACAGCAUAGCACUCUCAACCCCAAGCAAAAGCAAGCUUUAGCAAAGCAAUUGAACAUGACGGCUAGACAAGUUGAAGUUUGGUUCCAGAACAGGAGAGCAAGGACAAAGCUCAAGCAAACUGAGGUGGACUGUGAGGUCUUGAAGAAGUGUUGUGAAACACUGACAGAUGAAAACAGGAGACUACAAAAGGAACUACAAGAACUCAAGGCACUGAAAAUGGCGGCUCAGCCUUUUUACAUGCAGAUGCCGGCGGCUACUCUCACCAUUUGCCCUUCUUGUGAAAGAAUAGGCGGUGUUGCCGACGUCAAUUCCAAGAGCCCAUUUUCGAUGGCUUCGAAGCCUAAUUUCUACAAUCCCUUCUCCAAUCCUUCUGCAGCAUGUUGAUCAAGUUCUUUGGAACUUGGUAUAGGAAGAAGACUACCUGCCACAACCCAUUUUUUGGUUAAAGGGCUUUGUAGUGAAUAAAAAAGUUAGCUAAUUUGUAGAAAACAAAAUUGUAUAAUUACUGAUCAAUCUUUUCAUCUUUUUCUUUCUUUCAAAUAUAUAUGUUUGUAAAUGAUCAUUAGAAGAAGAUAUAGUAUCUAUGAAGCGAUUACUCUUAUUAUUAUUAAUUCUUUCCUUCCGUAUCUAAUGAUAGAUUUCUUGU